AUGAGUCCGGAGACAGUAUUUGGACGAGGUUUCAAGCUUCUUGAUAGCAGCUUCGUGAAGGAGAACUUAUGUGCAAUUGUUGUAGAUGAAAGCCACUGUAUAGUGAAAUGGGGACAGAACUCAGAUAGACUGAAAGCCUUCCGUAGUGAAUAUGGACGUCUGGCAGAACUGCGUUCCAUGGUGCCAUCACAGAUACCCGUGGUCGCCCUUACAGCCACCUCUACUAUCGCAACACGGAAAAACAUCUUGACAUCGUUGACAAUGACGCAGCCAGCCUUAAUUACCCUGUCCCCUGAUAGGAAAAACAUUAAGUACAGUGUAAUGGAUGUUCCUGAGAGUGACACUUCAUGCAUAUUUGCAGAACUGUGCAAUGAAUUGAAGAGAGAUGGCAGACAGACUGCCAGGACCAUCAUCUUCGCCCGCUCUCACAAUCAGUGCAGCGAUCUGUAUAAGAGUUUUAAGAAGAAGAUUAAUGAUGUGAAUUUAUUUGCAAUGUUCCAUCUUACCACAGAGGAUUGUCGCAAAGAAGAAGUGCUUAAGUCAUUUGGAGAUGAAAACGGUUCCAUCCGGGUGUUGUUUGCCACGAUGGCAUUUGGAAUGGGAGUUAAUUGUAGAGGAGUUAGGAGAGUGUAUCAUCUUGGCCCUCCCGAGGACAUCGAAGAUUAUGUUCAAGAAAGUGGACGUGUUGGACGAGAUGGAGAGGAUAGCCAUGCAGUACUGAUUCUGUUCAAGGGAUGGAACCGGUGUAAAGUUUCACCAAAAAUGAAGGAAUAUGUGAAGAACGAGGAGAUAUGCAGGAGGAAGUUUUUGAUGGAAACAUUUGAGGAAGAUGAUAGAACAUCAUGUAAAAUUAUUCCCCAUUCAUGUUGCGACAUCUGUGCUCAAAAGUGUGAAUGUAGGGUUGAUGAUGCCCAUACCAUCCCCUUUAAAUACUGUGAUACAGUUCAGUCCCAGUCCCAACACAUGACAACUUGCAGGGAUGUGUCGGAUGAGGAAAGAGAAGUUCUACUAGACCAGCUUCUGUUAUUAAGAGGUGAAGUUCUUGCGCGAGUGUCUGGGGCAGGUUACACCUUGGCAGGCGCAGAUGUGACUUCUGGUAUACCGAUCAGUGAAGUCGAGGCUCUGGUUAAGAAUUGUGACAAAAUUGACUCGCUUAGCACUUUAUGUAAUCGUUUUAGUUUUUUUGGUCAUGAGGAAGAAAUUUGGAUUGUUCUAGAGGAUACUUUACCCCCAUCUCAAACUUCUCAAUCCAUUGCAUUACAAGAAUUACACCCCACAGUAAUUGAUGAUAUAAUUGAUACAGAUGAGUCUGAUACAAAUGAUGAAUAUGCAGAAGCAGUUCUCAUGUCAGAUGCAGAAUCUGAUAAUUAA